AAAUAACAUUAAUGUAACGAUGCUCUAAGUAAAAUCGUCAUUGUGAUCCUCGCUUUCAACGAGUCAGGUAGACAAUCAAUCAAGAUGAAAGGAGUCUCAUUGGUCCUAUCAAUUGUUUUGGUCCACCAAGCCUUGGCCUUCCAGCAUCAUGGCCGCAUCAGGGAUGAAAUGGUCAAUAUGAAAUUCAAUAAGGACCUAACUGAAGCUGAAGACAAAGACUAUUGGGAUGAAAUGGGCAUCGAAGAGAUUGACGCAGCAAUGAAGGCCACGGUUCUGAACACACAGCAGGCCAAGAAUGUCAUUAUUUUUGUGGGCGACGGCAUGAGCAUCCCGACUUUGACGGCUGCCAGGAUUUACAAGGCUCAAGUUGGUGGGAACAUGGAGUCAUCCGAGAAGGAAUAUCUUACAUUUGAACGAUUUCCCCAUCUUGGACACUCGAAGACCUACGACAUUGAUUACCAAACCCCGGACAGUGCCUCCACAGCCUCGGCCAUUUUCACCGGGGUGAAGACCAAGUAUUACACCAUGGGUUAUGACUCGGGUAUUGACCACUAUGACGUGACCAGCAUGAAACGAGCCACUAAGGUCGAUUCCAUCUUAAAGUGGUCUCAAGACGCUGGAAAACACACUGGCUUGGUGACCACUGCCCGAGUAACACAUGCCACACCUGCAGCCCUUUAUGCUCAUUCCUUUGAUCGGAAUUGGGAAUGUGAUAGCAAAUUUGAAGACCCAAAUCUAGAAACUGCCCCAGACGGGUUACACGAUAUCGCUCAUCAAUUGGUGUACGAUGCCCCUGGAAACCAAAUGAAGGUGGUUAUGGGUGGUGGAUAUCCAUCUUUCUACCCAAAAGAGGCACGAAAGUCCCUCGAAGCUGAGGACAUGAACCGAUACGAUUAUGAUUUUGAUUGCUUCCGGAGCGAUAAUGAAAAUCUGGCCGACAAAUGGCUGGCCGACCAUGAAAACAGCGUACUCCUACGAAACUUGACCUCUUUAAGCAAUUUGGAUGUUGCCAACACCGACUACAUUAUGGGACUCUUUGCUAAAACUCAUGUUGCCUUUGAAGAUGCUAGGACUCCGGAGGAUCCUUCCCUCGAAGACAUGACUCGUGCCGCUUUGAAGAUUUUGCAAAAAAAUGAAGGCCAAGGAUUAUUUUUGAUGGUUGAGGGUGGCCGCAUUGAUCAUGCUCACCACAAUGUUUGGGCUCGACGAGCUCUGUCAGAAACUGCUGCCAUGGAUAAGGCUGUGGAGGCUGUGCUCGAGGUCUUGAAAGACGAGCUGGAUGAAACCUUGAUUAUUGUCACUGCAGAUCAUGGCCAUACUAUGUCCAUGAGUGGUUAUGCAACACGAGGUCAGGACAUUGCUGGUCUCAAUGGCGAAAUAUAUGACGAUGGUCAAGGCUACACCACGCUUAGCUACGCUAAUGGAAUUGGAUACUACUAUCACAACUUGUUGGACGACAGCAACACCAACGUGACUCGAAGAGAGAUCACACAAGAAGACACGAUGGAUAUGGGGUUCCUAUAUCCAUCAACAGCCUACAAAAAGUCCGAGACCCACGGAGGAGAUGAUGUCGCAAUCUUCGCUCAAGGACCUUGGAGUCAUCUGUUCCAUACGACUCACGAGCAAUCCUACAUUGCUCACGUUAUGGCCUUUAGUUCUUGUGUCGGACGGUACUCCGAUUAUCCCCAUUGCUCAACUACUCGUAACUAGAUAGAGCUCUUCAUCUGUCGAACCUCCGAACUCGUCGUCAAUUAUCUCUACCUCCAAGAUUCUUCUCGUUUUCGUUACACUUUUGGCCUUGCUGAAUUUAUAUCCUGUGGUUGAAGCCAUGAGUUUGACCUGCGGCAAAUAAACUAUUUCAUACCAAA